AUGUCGAUUGGUGAAGAUUCAGAAGAAUCAUUAACAUCAUUAACUGAUGAUGAACAAGAAACUAUAAUAAAUAUCGAUGAAAAUGAUGAUGAUGGUGAUAAUGAACGUCAUCAAUACGAUCAACAUGAUAAUGAUCAUGAUUUCAUACCAUUUUCUGCUCGUGGUGUACCUCCUGAUGAAUUACAAGCAACUCAUAUAAAUCAUUAUCAUGAUUUAAAUCGUGUUAAUGUUGAAAGUCGAGAUUUUUCUAUAACACGUCCAUCACAAUCUUGGUUAGCACAAAAUGGUUUAAUACCAAAUGGUCUUACAUUAAAAGAUUUAUUAACAAAAGGUAAAGUUUCAUUACCAACAAGUGAUAAAACAGGUCGUGCUAUACAACAUAUUGCAUUUGAUUCAUUAACAAUAAAUGAUUUUGAAUGUCGUUUACAUACAACAAUUGAAACAUUAUCAAAUCGUAUUCGAUGGUUAUUACAAAAUAGUCGAAAAGUUUUUGGUGUUGUACAAGGUGCACGUGUACUUGUUAUAUUAGAUUUUAGUCAAAUACAAGCAAGUUUUGGACGUGGUGAUGAAUAUCAUAAAAAUUUAUUAGAAUUAAUUAAUGAACAAUUAAUUUAUAAAGAUCAAUUAGGUUUUAUUGCUUAUGGUACUGAUAUUGAUGCUUUAUGGAAUGGUGUACGUGAUGUUAAUUCACGUGCACUUGAUGAAUUACGUGCUUGGUUAUCUAAUUUAAAAUCAUCAUUUGGUUGUAGUGAUGAAAAUUGUACCCAUAUUGAUAGUUCAUGUCCAAAUAAUAAUAACAAAUGUGCAUUUAAAACUAAUGGUAGUAGUAAUUUAUUAAAAGCUCUACGUCGUGUAUCAUUAAUGUCAGAUUUUGAUACACUUUUACUUAUUGUUGGAAGUUUACCUGAUCAAAAUAUUGAUGUUAUUGCUGAUUAUAUAUCACAAUUAUUUUGUGGACAAGAUAUACCACAUAUACAUGCAGUAUCUUAUGAUUGUAGUCAUCAUCUUGUAAAUGCAUUACUUAAAACUAUGACUGCAUCUGCUAGUGCUUUUGCUUCAUUAGCAUCAGCACGUAAUCAUACUGAAUCAACAUCAAAUGCACUUGUACCACAUAAUCCAUUAAGUUCAUUACAAAAUCUUACAAAUGAUAUUCCGGAAGUCGUUAAACAUACAUAUCAUUGUUAUUCACGUGAUGAACCACGUCAAAUAUAUAACAGUACAGAUAUUCGUCUACUUGUACGAGAAAUUCAACGUGCUUAUGAUCUUUUAUCACGUAUUAAUGAUAUGCGUCAUGGUGCACUUGGUUCAGCACUUAUAUCAAUUGAAAAUGAGCUAAAUAUUGAAAUGUCACGUUAUCCACAAUCAAAAUUUCUUCCACGUCCACCUAAUCAUGAACAACCACUUUUUUUUCCUCAACAUUUUAUUGGACAAUCAUCAAUUAUAUAUUCUCGACAACCACGUGGUUUAUCAAAUUCAACAACAGGACGACCAUUAUCAUCAUCACGAUCACAUGGAAAAGCAGCUAGUGUUCGUUUUAAUGAUACUGUUAGUGUUGCUGGUCGUUCAGUUGCAUCAUCAUACAAAUCAGCCAGUUCUUCGAUUAAAAACCGUGAUGCAAGCACAGGUAGACAACAACAACAACAACAACCGAUACCUGUUCUAUCAAGUAAUAAUCCUGCUGUUUAUCGUACAUCAGCUAAUUGGCUUUCUCAACAUGGUUUAUUUGCUAAAAAAUUAACAUUAUUUCAAAUUCUUGCUCCAAAUGCUUAUUCGCCAUGUGAAGAUUAUAUUCCAAUACUUGGUAAAACAGUUACAUCACAAGUACAUGAACGUGCUAUGGUUCAAGUUGAUUGGCAUGAUGGAACAGUAAAAAAUGUGCAUGUUGAUUUAUCAGGUUUAUAUGAAUAUCAAAAACGUUUAAAAAAAUUAGUUGAAUUAUAUGAACAACGUAUGGAAUGGUUAUGUUCAUCAUCUCGAAAAAUUUUUGGAAGUAUUGUUGAAUAUAAUAUUAUUCUACUUGUUGAUUGUUCAUCAGCAAAUCGAGAUUAUAUUAUACAUAUACAACAUUCAUUAAGAUUAUUACUUGAACAACAAUUAUUUGGUAGAAGAUUUUUUAAUAUUAUUGCAUUUGGAACAAAUCAUAAAGAUGGUUUAUUAAGAUUUAAACCAACAAUGGUACAACCAACUGUUGAAAAUCUUCAAAAUGCUUGGCAAUGGGUAAGAAAUUAA